CAUUUGAUAAGUAGUUCUCUUUUACAGAUUAACAUUAGUGAAAGAAAAUAUGUCUCUUCUCGUGGCUAGGAUUUUGACAUUAGUUUUAUUGCUGAUUGGAACUUUCAUUUGUGGAAUAGUUCCUAUUAUUCUGGUGAAACGGCUAAAGCAAAGAAAAGCAACGAAUACCGCAUCUCGAGGAGACCAGGCCACGGCAGCUCCUCCGUUACUCCUAUUUUGCUGUGUUUUGGUGGGGGAGUUUUGUUUUCGACGUGCUUUGUUCACUUGAUGCCAGAAGUUCGAGCAAGCUUUGAACGUUAUUGGUUACAACUGAAAGAUGACAUCGGUGGUUAUCGUUUCCCUAUCCCUGAAUUAAUUGUGUGUUUCGGUUUUAUAUCAGUUUAUAUUAUAGAAGAGGUAUUGAAUGCAGUCUUGGGGAGUGGUAGACAGAGAACAGAAAGUAUAAGUAUUCACAGUUCAGCGUUAUUCAAUUCUGGUAAUACCCGUGAAGGACAUGACAAAAGUGCAACUUACGGUAGCACAACUAUUAAACACACUCCUUCCAAUGAUCUUCAUGAUGCUUCACCUGUAUCUUCAAAAUUUUCAAUUCGAGGUAUGAUAAUUAUCUGCGCAUUGUCAUUUCACUCGAUCUUUGAAGGAUUUGCUGUAGGACUUCAAGAAAAUGAGAAAGAAACAUGGACUUUGUUCUUUGCUGUGGCAGUGCACAAGUUUGUAAUUGCCUUUGUAGUAGGAUUAGAGGUGUAUUCGCAAAGCACCUAUGCAAUUGCAGUAAUAAUCUACAUGGCAAUAUUUGCAGUUAUGUCCCCAUUGGGCAUGUUUAUUGCUAUGGUGACUGAAAGCUCUUUGGAAGGUUCAGCUGAUCUAGCUGUGGGUACUUUGAAUGGUUUAGCAACAGGAACUUUAGUGUAUGUCACAUUUUUUGAGGUUCUUCAAAGGCAGAAAUAUUCCAACCUCUCAGGUUUGCUUCAGUUAUUUGCAAUGCUUGUUGGUUUUGGUUUAAUGAUUAUAGUGCAAUGGCUGACAGAUCAGUAACUCUAAUUAUUAAAGAAGCAAUUACAAAUUUACUUUAUACAGAGGUUGGGUACGUUAUAUUAAAACGAUUGAGUCUAUAUCGCCAUGUCCAUUUAUGAUCUAUCUGAUGACCGUGCGUCUUGAUAAUAGCUCUGCACUGUAUUUCUUUUAUUACAAAACGAUCCGUAGUAACUAUCAUGUUUAAAGAAUACAUCCUCUAACCUGCAUGUCUUUCAUAAACUAUCUAGUGUACAAAGACAUUGGCUUCGUAGUGCCUAUUUAAAUGUUCCCUUUGCACAGAAAUCCAUAGGCGCUACAUCCUAUGGCUUGAUGGUAUGCCUUCGUUAUGGAACACUAUAGAUAUCCAUUUCAUUUUCCAGUAGCUUGAGGUAUGCGAUGGUUGAACAGAUAUGAUGUGAAGAAGCUUGUACAUAUGCGAAAUGUCGCUUUUCCAGACAAAAGUCCUUUAUGAUUAUGUUGCGCGCUGUUGUCUGGGGCACGUGAACAUUUUACCACUGCCCAUUGUAUUCGUGGAUUCUCACAUUUUAAAAGAUGCCGCACUUUGCUAACAACGCUAGGAUACGACUUGUUUAGGUCUCUUUCUGGAUCAUUCUUAUUUUCUGAGUUGACUCAUAUUCAUUUGUAGUUGUUACCUGACAUGCCAAUUUUUAUAUUCAAAAUCGUUUUGAUAUCAUGUAAUCAAUACUUUCCAUUAUAAUUAAUAAAUCAAGAUGGCUAAUUACCAGAGUUAUUGAAAA